AUGGCGACUAAUUCAGCGUCGGUUUCGCGCAGCGCGACCAAGCGCUUGGUAAAGGAGCUGUCUGCCUGGGAGAACGAGUCGCAGGCCGAGGCGGGCAUCGAGCGCCUAGGCCCUGUGAGCGACGAGGAGUUGCUGCACUGGGAGGCCGUGAUCAAUGGACGGGGCGUAGGUAGUGGUUACGAUGCGGGCCGCUGGCUCCUCGACAUAUCGAUCCCCCCCACAUACCCCCUCUCGCCGCCCAAGAUCUCCUUCCGGACCCCGAUCGUGCACGCCAACAUCGCGCUGCGCGGCGGCGACAUCUGUCUGGACCUGUUGAAGGAGGCUUGGACGCCGGCGUACAGCAUCCUGGAGUGCGUGCGCGCCGUGCGCAUGCUGCUUAGCUGUCCCGAGACCGACAGCCCGCUGAACGUGGAUGUUGCGGCUUUGAUACGCGGCGGGGAUGCCAUGGGUGCUAGGCGGCUGGUGGAGUUUUGGUGUAGCGAUGAGGGCGGGCGGUAUGAGGGGAGGUAG